GGAACCCGGAAGUUUACCUCGUCAGCUGGAAGAUGAAUGAAAAAGGAUAGUGGACAGCCACUGUGCUUUUAAGAGCAAUGGGGAACACAGGCAGUGAGCUAAUGCACAAGCACCUGGACCGCUUUCGGCCUGAAGAGCGUCCUAUAAUCCAGACCGUAUUUGACCGCCUUGUGAGCGAUGGGCCCUCAGGAGCCCCUGUUAAAGCAGAGGCCCGGAGCGCCCUAAGCCUGGCCAUGCUGCAGUCAGCCAUAGGCAGUGUGAUCCCAGACCCCAUGGUUCAAAGGAUCUACAGAUGUCUGUGUAGUGUUGACCCUGGCCAGGUCCCUGGUGGGUCUGGAAAGUCCCACUCAGUCUCUGUCGCAGGUGUCACUCGGGACCAGCUGGUGAUUUUUCUGGCUGACAUUCUGAGAGGCACAGCACAGGAGCGUGCCCCUCUUGUCUUGGCCAUGUCCCAGAGCCCAGGACCACAGGCAGCAUCUGUUUCAUGUGACCAAGUCAUCCAGUUUCUCCAGGAUUUGAUUGCUGCUGUAAUUCAGAUCCUGGCCCACAGAGGGCGCCUACUUGGAUGGAGACCUGAGAGGAUGGGGGAUUCAUCUGUCAGUAUUAAGCUGCUGUCAGAACAAAUGUGUUCAGAACUUAAACCCUCGGAUGAGUGCUGCGACCGCUCCUGCCUGGAAGACUGGAUCUUCAGAGUCCCCGGUGUAUCCUUGUACUUGGACAUGGUUGUAUCUGAGGGCUUUAAUGUGUCUCUGAGGGGCCGCUCUGCCCCCACACUGUUGCCCCCCUGCAUAAACACCCCCUGGAAGGAGCUACACUGUCUGCUGAGCCUGCCCACUGUUAUGUUCCUGGCUCCACAGCUUCCAGACCGAUACAGUGCCCCCUGGAGGCUAGUGUUUUCAACUAAGCUGCAUGGAGAGAGUUUUACGAGGAUGGUAACUGGCCUGUUGAAGUGUGGGUGUACACUUUUGCUCAUCAAGGACACAAAGGGACAUGUAUUUGGAGGUUUUGCAUCACAGGAUUGGGAGAUCAAGCCUCAAUUUCAGGGUGACUCCAGAUGCUUCCUCUUCACAGUCAGCCCCUUUCUCAGAGUCUAUAAUACAACAGGAUACAAUCAACACUUCAUGUACCUCAACCAGAACCAACAGACCAUGCCCAACGGACUAGGUAUGGGAGGUCAGCAUAACUAUUUUGGCCUGUGGCUGGAUUGUGAUUUUGGUCGUGGCCACAGCCGCGCAAACCCCAAAUGCACGACAUAUGGCAGCCCUCGCCUCUCUGCUGAUGAGGACUUCAUUGUGGAAACUGUGGAGGUGUGGGCUGUGGGAAAACUCCCAGAGCCCGAAGAGGAUGAAGAGGGACCAGGAAAGAAGAGUGUUCUUGAUGUAGAUCCAGAACUUCAAGCCAUCAUGGAGAUGACAGGGAAGACGCUGCACAGCCAGGGCCUCAGGGAGCCAGAGGAUGACGAAGGUUAAUGAACAGCAUUUGUCCACACUAGACUUAAAAAUGUAAAGUUUCUCCAGUGCAUCAUUCAUUCCCCCCAAUAAAUAAAUAAAUAAAUACAUAGAUAGUUUUAUCAUGGCAUUCAUCCUGCUGUAUUUCAAUUUAUUAUAAUUACAUCUAUUAGCUGAUUUCAUUGUCCAUUAUAUGUUAUGUCAUGUAGUUGAUAUUUUUGGUUGUUUUAUUUGUUACAACUGUUGUGUGAUAGAUUUUUCUUCAAUUUUAACUGUCUGUUAUAAACAUAUAGAUUUUGUAUAAAUUAUGUCUGUAUUGCGUGAGAGUUGAAUGAAAACGUAUGCUCAUUUGUGUAUUUAAUGUUUUGGUCUGGGAAAAAAAACUGACCACUGCAAACAGUCAAAGUGGCUUAAAGGCUGUUUUGUCAGUACCACUCUAUCUCCUCUUUCAUGUAAAUGCUAUGUGCUGUAGUUCCACAUGCAAAACAACAUGAAUAAAAUCCAUAUAUACAUGCA